AUGGCUUCCGACAUUACAGUAUGCCUAUGGAAUGAGUUGUUGGAAUACGAGAAAUCAGAUGUAAUUCUCUUUAUUCUAAGAAGCAUCAAUAGCUCUUUUUUCCGAAAUGAUUCGCUUAAGCUAACAGAGCGUGAAGAAAUACGUAGAGGCUGUGUCUCGAGCACACCAACGGUGGAAAAGAGAUUACUUCUAUAUGGCAGUGUUAGUUAUGGUCGCAAGGAUGUCUUUCUGUCACUUGUUCGUUCUGUACGGUUGCGAAGAGUUGAUGAUUUCGCGACAAAUGUCUCACUACGUUAUAUGGUAGGAGAUGAGCUUCCGGAUUGUUUUCUAGAGCCACUGGUGGUCUCCGCUCAUACAAAAAGCUUCUUAAGGUGGUAUCGUGUUGGGUUAGCCAUUAAGUAUGGGAUUAUGAAAAGAAUGCAAACUCGGAUCGAGCGAGUUAGACAGAGACUUGAAAUGAUUCUGAAGGGAUCAAUAAGUGCAAAUACCUCAACACUUGAUGAAAUGAAAAAUGAGAAUGGGUCCAUUCACAGUACCAGCACGGUGCCAUCAGGCUGCGACAAAAGCGACUCAAGUGAAUCUGUGGCAAAUUUUUCCAAAUAUGUUGCCGCCCUUGAGGAGAAUCAGAUUAACAUUAGGCAAAUGUCAACAUCUGUUCCAACCCUAUUUAUUUUGUGGUCAUGUCAGGACUUUGAGUGUAUCGAAUGGCUUAGGAAGAAUAUUUUCAAUAGGAGAACGGGGAAGACUCUUUCAAGGGCGUGUGUAACAUGUUCACAGGAAACUAGCAAUUCCGAUGACAGUUGGAUGGAGCUGGUAAAGAAAUAUGCGAACAUAGCUGAAAGGCCAAUUAAUCUCACGGAAAGGGGAAAAUUGGAUGGAUUCAAGUCCCCAAAGCGUGCUCAAAUUGUUCUCAUUAACGUUGAUCGAAAUCUAGCAGAAGCACGCGCGAGUUUUAUCGAUUUGUGCUGGUGCUGUUCCGGCUGGUGUAGUCCAGAGGUUUCUUUAAUCUCUUUGUGGUCCGGUGCUGAGGGUCUACAGAGCGAGAUCUGCAACAUGUUCAACCCGAUUGUGCUUCCUUUUCUCAUAGUGACGCAUCCUGUUAAAAAGCGUAACCUUCUAUCUUCUCCUUAUCGAGCCCAUCCGUGCAUUACCAAACUUAUUCCUCUGGCUGCCGUAGACACUUCUAGAGACCAUGAAUCGGUAGAUUUGUCGUCACAAACAUCGUCUUCGCAUUGGAGCGAUCUUGACCCACAACAUCGUCUUACACUCGCAAGUCGGAUAUGUAGUUUAAUUUUUCAGCUUAGUCUGCCAAUGAGCUUUUACGCACAAGUGGACCAUGUGUACAUAAUCAGGAACCCCUAUACUGAUAUUUCUACAAAAGCCAUUGAGUCGACUUGUACAUCGAUGGUUUCUUUGCAAGGCCAAAUAUCUGAUCGUGACAUGCGUUCUAUAUCAGCAGUCAUAGAGCCAUUUGUAGGUUUGGUUGACUUCCGUUUUCAGGUUAACAUUGUGAAGUGUUCAGCCCCUUUGAACAUCAAGCAAGACCCUGUUCUGCCUGUUUAUUAUACUUUUUUAAAGAACAAAGUAAUAUCCUGUACUUCGUGCUUCAGAUCCAUAGACGUGUAUACUUCCCCACUUUACAGAUGUCUUCACUGUUUGCAGCGGUGCGGAGUGAUAUGCCAUAAUUGUUUUCAAAGUAACAGCUCUCGCGUUAUAUCUAGACGUCAUCCUCAGAAUCAUAUCUUUGCUCGGAUUCCGCCGGUCGUGUGCGCAAUAGGUUCACUCCCCGUCUUGUGGGGACCUAGUAAUGUCUUUCCUCUUCAACCACCGCCUAUUUUUGCCUCCCAGUCCUCAGAUACAUCUAAUAUGAUACAUCUUGGUAUCUAUUGUGACGAAUGUCAUGAAAUGAUCAGGGGUGUUCGAUGGAAGUGCGCCGUGUGCUACAGUUUUGAUUACUGCAAUGUCUGCUUUGAGAAGCAGAUGCCGAACGAGUUGGAGUUUCUGCAAGAAUGUACCGAUCUUCCCAACUGGCUGAAGGAUAGCGAAGUUUCACAAGCUCCCCAAAAGGAUGCCAUUAGGCGAGUGCACGAGCCUUCACACCCAAUGCUUUGCAUUCCUCCUCAUUUUCUGAAAGGAACAAAUGGGAAUGAUUUCUUACAACCGGUAUCCUUAAAGCUAAAGGAUGUACUUUCCUAG